AAGGACGGGUUGCUGAUCCAGUGACGCCAUUCACACAUGACACUUAAGUCGGCAGGCAAAGCGCGUGAGCAUCUCCUGGCUUCGGGAAUGACGGGCUAAGAGAGGACAAGCUGUCGGCCCGUUGGCGCAAAUACUGUGGGACGCAGCUGCGGCCGAUCCGGAGCCAUUCGGAUUGGGCAAUAGUUGUGGAGGUUGCACCAAGGUUUUCACAGGAAAGAGGGAAAAGCGGAGUAUGUAUUGCGCAUCCUUUUCCAUCCGCGAUCCUGUCAGCCACAGACCUAAUCAGAACCGGAUCACAAUUUUAUCUGGGCCUAUCAAAUUAACGCAGCCUAUUAAUUUGUGCAAGGAGUGGAGUUUUGCAGAACUCUUCCUCUGGCACAUGAAGACAAGAAGUCUUAAGGAAGAAGAUAUUCAAAAGAUUAGGCUGAAGAGUUAAAGUCAUGAGUCCUCCUCUACCACACAGGCGAGCAGAUUUGUUUAAUCUCAGUAAAGACCAAAUAAUUAAUUUGGCUUAUAUUUCUUCUGUGCCACAAAAUGGUAUUGAACAAAUUCGAAUCCAUUGGCUGCUGGAACUUAUACAAGCUGGGGUGAUAAAUGGGACACUUCACUACAAUUUCACAAACCUGGAUAACUUUAUGGAUCUUCUUUGGGAAAACAAGCUACAUCCUGGUUUUGAAUUGAUGGGAAGUCCUUCAGGAUACUUCACUGACUUUGAUGAUAAAAAGCAAGUGGUGGAAUGGAAGAACCUGAUUGUACAAUUGGCCAAAAGAUAUAUAGAGAGGUAUGGAUUGAAACAUGUGUCUAAGUGGAAUUUUGAGACUUGGAACGAACCAGAUCAUCAUGACUUUGACAAUGUAUCAAUGACUGUAAAUGGAUUUCUCAACUACUAUGAUGCUUGUUCUGAAGGAUUAAGGGAAGCUAGUUGUCAGCUAAAAUUGGGAGGCCCUGGAGAUUCCUUUCAUCCAUUUCCAAAAUCUCCAAUAUGCUGGAACCUCCUUAGUCAUUGCUACAAUGGCAGUAAUUUUUUCACUGGAGAGACGGGAGUCCGGCUAGACUACAUUGCCAUGCAUAAGAAGGGAGCAGGGAGUUCUCUUCAUAUCUUGGAACAGGAAACUGAGGCCAUGGGACAGAUCCAGAAGACCUUUCCCAAUUUUGCCUUGGUGCCUAUAUACAAUGACGAGGCUGAUCCCCUAGUAGGAUGGUCGAUUCCACAGCAGUGGAGAACUGAUGUGACCUAUGCGGCCAUGGUGGUAAAGGUAAUUGCUCAGCAUCAAAAUCUUCUGAUUGCUAAACCCAACAAUACCAUCAACUACACUUUGCUAAGCAAUGACAAUGCAUUUCUGAGCUACCAUCCAUAUUACUUCACCCAGAGGACCCUUACGGCACGCUUUCAGAUGAAUAACACAAAGCCCCCACACGUCCAGAUGGUGAGGAAGCCGGUGCUGACAGUAAUGGGCUUACUGGCUCUUCUAGGGGAAGAGCAAAUUUCUGCCAACAUUUCCAGUCACAAAUCAGAAGACUGUAAUGCUUUGGGAAUACUAGCCAGCUUGCACAAACCUUCAGGACUACAAUUGUCAGACAGUUGGCAAGCCUCAAUACUGAUCUAUUCAAGCAACGAUAACAAGACAUCCUCAAACAUCAGCACUGUGAUUCUGAAUGUAGCCAAUUAUCCUAAACACAGAGAACUGGUGUAUGUAACGUACUACAUGGAUAACAACCUAACCAACCCAUAUUUGAAAUGGAAGAAAAUGGGAAUGCCGGACUUUCCCUCUCAGAUGCAAUUGGAGCAAAUAAGAGAUGCUGAGGACCCUCUAGUGAAAGGGCCAUUUCCACUACCUGCAAAAGGCCAUUUGAUGCUGAAGCAAGAACUUCCAAUUCCAGCUGUCUUCCUCCUUCAUAUUUGUGCAAAGCCCCUCUCUGCUCCUAGCCAGGUGAAUGGGGUUCGCUUCAUUGGUCUCAUGAAGGGGCAAGUUCUGAUAACAUGGGAUGACAGCUGUGUGAAUUCAAAAUGUUUGAAAAAAUUUGAAGUGAUGUUUUCAGCGGAUGGGGAAAAGUAUCAGCAAAUCAGUGUCAAGGACAGCAUAUUUACAAUGUUAAUCUACAGCCCAGGAACAACGGUCAUGGGCUAUUACAAAGUGCGUGCUGUGGAUUAUUGGGACAGGCCAGGUCUGUUUUCUAUCCCUGUGUUCUAUAGAGAACCAUCUUAGAAAGAAGCAAAAAUGCCCACCAGAAGUUAUGUACUUAAAACUGCAAGUUUCAGGGAGCUUUUUAUUACAGGCCUAACCCUUAAAAGGAUGGUUCUCAUGUCCUUGACAACAUUCUUCUCCCUUCUUUGGUUCAGUUUUCUGUUCUUCCUACACCAACAAUAUGGAGAGAUUCUUCUCUCCCAGAACAUCUUUAAGCACUCUUUUGGAAUCACACCCAAGAAAUGAUGAGAACAAAGUAGAGUAUUGCUGAACUCCAUUUUCUUGCCUAGAUUGCUAUAGUUGGCAACAAGCCAGUCCAAUUAUUACCUGGAGUGAAAUAAUGAUAAUUUCAAGCAGUAGAAUCUGGGUUGCAUGAAAACAAGGUGGAUUUGUUAAUCUUUCCUUAAAGCUAUGUAUGUAAGUGUGCACCAUUUAAAUUUCCAGCCAUAAUAUCAUAUUCAUAGAAAACCAACCUCAGAAUGAGCACUCAUCCCCACAACUCCGGUGCAGCUCAAAGAAGGUCCCAUUCUAGAAGCACUGAGCUUCUUCCUGAGCCUCGGAAUAAGGAAGCUUCACCCGCCUCAGUCCACUUCAUUCUUUUCUUCAAACUUUGUGUCAUCCAAAUACAUCACACGCUCCCUUUUUUGUGGUAUCAGGAAGGAGGGCCUCCCCCAUUCUUAAGUCCAUCAAAGUUUCUCAGCACACCUCGACCUUUGCAGAGAGUGGAAGGCAGCAGAAAUGAUGAAUAGCCCAGCUGAAUACUUGUGUAAGGAGAAACUUCCCUGUGAAGCUUGCAUUAAACAAGGGCAAUUUUAGCACAGGGAUUGUAUUUUCAAUAAAUAUUUAUUUGCACGACAAAGAGUUUACUUAGAGGUGGGUGAGGGAACAUAUUCAGAUUUUCCUGUCAGAAUAUUUAGGAAUGCCUUACUAGAAAAUGUGUGUCAUUCUAAUACACUAGUCUUAAAAGACAAACUCUCUUCUCAGUAUGCUGUAACUGUUUCUUAUCUUUUCUCUAAUGAGCUAGAGUGCCAGGAGGGUCCACAGGAUAUGGUCAAAAAAGUCAAGAUGGUGGCCACAACAGUGUGAUCAAAGCUCCACCUGUUUUGUAUGUGCAUUGCAGAGCUUUGAUCACACUGUAAUGGCCACCAUCUUGACUUUGUUGACCACACUCUGUGGACCUCCCUGGCACAGUAAUGGCAACAUUUUGGCUUUUUGACCACAUCUUGUGGGAUGUCCCUGCAUUGUGUUCAGCACUGUUAGCUUUAUAGUAGAGGGAUCCUCAGUGAACAGAACAGAGGGUUAAAACAAUGAGUAGCUCUUUGUGUUGCAACAUAAGCAAGUAGAAUGGUGAGAAGUUUGAGUCAGAGAAUGUUCAACUCAAAUUUCAUCUCAGCUACAAGCUUACUAGGUUUUUUUUAGAUGACCCACUUCUAAGUGUUUGUAAAGAUUGCCAAUUGAAGAGAGAAAAAAUGAGCAAAAUGACUUAUCUUCUGGGUGGGAAACAAAGGAUAGAGACCAGAACUGAGGGCGUCAGAGCCCGAUAAUUUUUUUUUUUAAGUUAUCUUUGAAAAGGUUAAGAGGAAUCACAGCGAUGGUACAAAACUUUUUCCACCAGUCCGAACAUAUAAGGUCUGAAUUAUCAGAAAUAACUUUUGCCUUCAUUGGCGAAAAGGUCUUUUAUUUUGACUGUAGGAAUUCAAAUGUUCAGCUUUGAUGCUAAAUGUAAAUUUUACAUAAAUAAAGAUUUUCUAUAAAAAUAAAGUUGCACAUACAUUUAUAUGAGAGCGAUUGGUGAUCCACGUAGCCUGGAAACGUUUUAGUCAAGCGAACGUUACAUCAUCUAAUUCCAUUUCAAGCAUGCUUACUAUACACAUAGUUCCAACCUGUUCCUACAGUGACAAGUAUACAAUUCUUGUUUGGCAUUUUACAUCUGCAUCAUCGUGAAAUGGUCAAGAAAGCGUUACCGUGAAGUGAAAGUUUCUGUACAACCACUAAUUGUUCACAGGAGUGCAGUCCUUUCCAUGGCUUCUCAGGCAGCCUCAGAAUGAGUUCCAUAGGUGAAUAUGAAAUCAGUACUGGUUUGCAUAUCUGAAAUGGUCAUCACCGGUCACGUAAGCGCCCCCCUAAAAACCCUUCACAUCCUCAUAUAUGAGUACAAGCCCAGUAUUUUUCAGUGGACAGCAGUUCAUAUGUUUAGGUGAGAGUCAUUAAGUAAUGCGUGUGAAUUAACAACUCCAUGAGUGUGCAACUGGCUGGCAUUAUGAAAGCCUACCCCAGUGAACUAGACAUGUGAGUCUUUCCCUUCUCGAAUAUGGUGGAAUUGGUGUGUUUCUCAUCCUGCCCACCCAUGCUAUGCUAGCUAUCCAUAGAAAAGCUUGUGAUUAUUAUGACUAUUAUAAUAUUAUGUAAAGGUCUCUCCUAAAGCCAAGGUUGCAAAUCUAAGUAGAAAGGAAGAAAAAGGAAAGGAUCACAAGGUUUAUUCAUUGAAAUGAAUUCUUAUCUUUAUUCAUUCAAAUGCUUAUUCUUGCAUAUUUAUAAAUUAAAUUGCAGCAUUAUAAGGACAAUUGUGACCAUUUUUUCCAUAACUUCCAAGAUACUACCAAUAGGAAUUGAAGAAAUUGUUCCAAGGAAGGGAAGGAGGAGCUGCCUAACCUAAAUGAUACUUGUACUCUGGCGUCAUCCAUAAACUACAUCCUGCAUCUGUAGGAGGUGAAAUGGUUAAUUUUGGAACAACUGAGGGAUUUGGAAAUGAUUAUAAGGAAGGUAUGCUUUUGUUUUAAGGAUCUUUAAGCACAGGCUGAUUAAUGGAUGCAAUGCCCUUUUGACCAACAUCAAAAAAAACCCCUAGCUCAAGCUUAGAAAAUAAAUGUAGUUGAGUAUAAUUUUCUGAUAGACUAGACCAGUGUUUCUGAACC